AUGGCCUGGCUGUUGUUUUCCGCUUUCUUCCCGUUUUUUCUGACUUUUGUUUUUCUGAUUCUGUUCGUGCUGCUGCCAGGAGGCAAGAGCGGCAAGAAGACGGACGGAGUCAAGGAGUCGUCUGAGAGCACUAACACCACCAUCGAGGACGAGGACACGAGAGCUCGUAAACAGGACAUCAUCCGUGUGACAGAGCAGCUCAUUGAGGCCAUCAGCAACGGGGACUUUGAGAGCUACACUAAAAUGUGCGACCCUGCUGUGACGGCGUUUGAACCUGAGGCUCUGGGUAAUCUAGUGGAAGGACUCGACUUCCACAGGUUUUACUUUGAGAACCUCUGGUCGAAGAACUCCAAGCCGGUGCACACCACCAUCCUGAACCCCCACAUCCACCUGGUCGGGGAGGAGGCCGCCUGCAUCGCCUACAUCCGGGUCACACAGUUCAUCGAUGCCAACGGGUCGCCACGAACCGUCCAAUCAGAGGAGAGCAGGGUGUGGCAUCGCCGUGACGGCAAAUGGCAGAUUGUCCACUUCCAUCGCUCUGGCUCCCCCUCCACCCUCAGCAAUUAA